GUUGAGACGAGACUCAUCCUUUCAAAAUUUAAAUUCCUUCCUCAAAUCUGACAUUUACCAACUUAACAGCCUAUCGUAUUCCAGAGGCGACAGGAUUUAACUUUGGCACCGGAAAAUCGAAGCGGGAGUUUCUUUUAACAGAAGCCAUUUCGGCUUAGAAACUAUUUUACUAUGAAUUGAGUCGGAUCUUUGUUCAAAAAUGUUGAGUUACUUUGAAAAAAUGGCUUUGAACCAAAAUCUAAAUCAGACUUGCUUAAAGGCGACCGGAAGAUUCACUGCUUAGCCAUCAUACGAGAAUAAUUGUUCUUUUAAUGAAAUAUUCAUCAUAUUGGUUUCAUUUCCACUUACUUUUUUUUCUUGAGCAAAUUCCACGCCAGUUUUCUAUUUCACAUCCUAAAAAACGGGGAGAGCUUAACUUCACUCUAAUUUCAUUACCAUCCAUCGAAUUCACCCUUCGAAAAGUCGCCACUACGCAAAUUCAAUCUCUCCCCAACUUUUGUUCAUUUCAAAUCAGAUUAACUCUUCCUGGCUUAUCAAAAAUUGAAAGUUUAUAAAAUGUCAUUAUUCAGACGUCAUCAGUCGUUAAAAAGGUCGAAACCCUCAAAAAAGUUUCGGAAACAAACAGGAUUAGGCUACAAGAACGGAGAAACAGGAAUACUUUCACAAACUCCCAAAACACUACCAAUUACAGACAUGGCAGCUAAAGCCGACUGUAGCAGAAAACCGAAAACUUCAAUCGCGAGUGGAUUUUGGGAUGUUUUUCCCAAAAAAUUGAGCAAAACUGAUCUAAACAACCAUGCUUGUGACUGCCAAAAUAAACUGCCUAAAUUUGAUGACUUUCAAGUUUCUCCCCGCCUUUUGAAUAAAUCCAACAACUUUCUGGGAUCAAACUCGGCCAACAAAACAUCGGACGUGCUUAGCAGUUCAGCUCACUCACUAGACAAUUCAUUCGGAAAAAUUUCAACGGAUUCUGCUGAAAUAUUAUCUCCCAAACCACCCAUAGCAUUUUCUCAUCACCGUAAAUGCGAGGCAGAAAUAUCGUCGUGUUCAUUUUCGGCCGACUCUUUAAUAACAAAUAACCAAUCGGGCCGAAAAGUACAAGCAGCGAUUGAUUCUGACAUUCCAGAAAAGCAUCAAAAAAAUACAAAACUGAAGUUGAACUCAAUCAAUGAAGCAGAAUCGUCCAAUUUAGCCAGAAAGCUAGAAAUUGAAAACGAUUUAUCAUUCCAUGAAGCUGAAGUAUCCGCUUUUGGUUCAAUUAACGGCGAUUUGUUUCCUGGGAAAACGUACACAUCUGAGUUUAUGCUACUGGAUUCUGCAAUGGAACAUCACUCGGUAGGCGACAGUCUUUGCGACAACAAUCUCAGUUUCUCCAGUGGAGGCAAACUAAGCUCGAACAACUUGAGAAUGCCGUCAGGUGGAUCAUGUGCGUCCAUCGGUUUCCACAAGGUGUGGGACUGGUUUCGCAAUUUUGCCUUGACGGCCAUUCAUCCGACUAACAACAAGUUCGCCAUGAAGGUGUUUGGCAGCAGGAAGGCACUUCAGAAGGAGCGGGUCAGGUGUAUGGAGAACCCCUGGAUCAUACACCCGUACAGUCUUUUCAGGUUCACGUGGGACUUUGUGAUGCUGCUACUGCUGAUCAUCAACCUUGUGAUCUUGCCAGUGGCCAUCGCAUUCUUCGAGGAGAACUACACUCUGGCUGGCAGCUGGAUGCUAUUCAAUUGCAUUAACGACUCAAUAUUCGUUAUGGACAUCCUCUUCAACUUCAGAACUGGCAUCGCGCCCAAUCAGACCGCCGUACAGGUGAUCUUGGACCCCCUGACAAUCAAGAAGAUGUACGUGAAGAGCUGGUUCACAGUGGACUUUGUCUCCUCAAUUCCCCUAGACUACCUCUGUCUUCUCUUCACCAACGGAGAGCAGGCCACCACUGGCACUAACAUACUCAAUGCCUCCAGAACACUCAAGAUGCUGAGACUCACCAAACUACUCAGCCUAAUGCGACUUCUGAGAGUAUCUCGACUGAUGAGAUACGCUAGUCAAUGGGAGGAGUUCUUCAAUUUGGCGAGUGCGGCGUUCAAAAUAGUGAAUUUGAUUUCGAUGAUGGUGCUGAUAAGCCACUGGAACGGAUGUCUCAUGUUUCUCAUCCCCCGCCUCUACGAUUUCCCGCCCGACUGCUGGGUGUCACGUGACGGACUACAUGGAAAGGAGUGGCAAGAGCAGUACAGCUGGUCUCUGUUCCGCGCCAUGUCCCACAUGUUGAGUAUAGGCUACGGCCAGGAGCCCCCUCAGUCCCUCACCGACCUCUGGUUCGUCAUCAUCAGUAUGCUAAGUGGGGCUACCUGCUACGCCCUGUUCAUUGGCCACGCCACGAAUAUGAUACAGCAGUUCGACAGUUCCAGGAGGCUAUUCGCCGAGAAGAUGCAGCAAAUAGAAGAGUACAUGGCACAUAGGAAGCUGAACCCCGACCUGCAGGUGAAAGUGCACAACUACUACGAGUACAAGUACAAGGGCAAGAUGUUCGACGAAGACAUCAUACUCGACGAAAUGAACGAAUGUCUACGAGAG